UUCCCUUGGAGACUGAACACACGCUUUAGCCUCACCUCAUCGCCAUCCAGGACAAUUUUGACAAGGCGUGUUUUUGUUUUCGCAUCUCCAAAAAACAUGCUAAUUCCAUAGUAACAGGAUGGUGGUAAAAGCUAACAAGUGAAUGUGAGGCAGGUGGAGUUACCAAACGGAAAAUCCCCAAGGUAGUAAACAACCACAAACGCUGGCGCCAGCCGCGGAGGCCGGGAUACGCCCAAGGCGGCUGCGGCCCAGCAGCGGGUGAUGCUCUUCCGGGGGCGUGGUCUGCGGCGCGUUCAUUUCCGCCGCGCCUGCGCCCUAGGCUUUUGGUGCUGGUUUAGGAUAGAGACGGCUUCCCACGUGAGGCGCCGGUGUUCCCGAGUCCGGAAGCGAUGCACUCGGGUGGCGUGGCCAGGGCCUGCCGCAGGGCCUGCAGGUGCUGGCUGUCCGGAUAUGCGGGUCCCACAGAUGGGACGCAGCAGCCUACGGACCCCGAGCAUGCAUUGGCCCGCGAGGCGCUGGUAGACCUCUGCCGGAGGAGGCACUUUCUCAGCGGAACGCCACAGCAGCUCAGCACGGCUGCUCUCCUGAGCGGAUGCCACUCAGGCUUUGGACCUUUGGGUGUAGAGUUACGAAAGAACCUAGCCUCACAAUGGUGGUCCUCUAUGGUGGUGUUCAGGGAGCAGGUCUUCGCGGUGGACUCCCUCCACCACGAGCCGGGCUCUUCUCAGCCCCGGGACAGUGCCUUCAGGUUAGUUUCUCCAGAAUGUAUACGCGAAAUCUUGCAAGACAAAGAGCUGAGUAAGGAACAGCUAGUGGCAUUUCUUGAGAACUUAUUAAAAACUUCUGGGAAACUACGGGAGACUCUUCUUCACGGUGCCUUAGAGCACUAUGUUCACUGCCUGGAUCUGGUAAACAGAAAGCUACCUUACGGCCUUGCUCAGAUUGGAGUGUGUUUCCAUCCUGUUUUGAACCCUAAGGAGAUACCCAACAGUGUUACAAGAGUUGGCGAAAAGACAGAAGCUUCGUUGGUGUGGUUUACUCCCACAAGGACUUCGAGCCAGUGGCUUGAUUUCUGGUUGCGCCAUCGGCUUCUGUGGUGGAGAAAGUUUGCUGUGAGUCCCUCUAACUUCAGCAGCGUCGACUGUCAGGAUGGAUCGGGUCGUAAGGGAUGCAGGCUCUACUACAGCUUUCCCUGGGGGAAGGAGCCACUGGAGACCCUGUGGGAUCUAGGAGAGCAAGAACUCCUAAACGUGUAUCCUGGAGAUGUGUCUGCGAUACAGGGUCGAGAUGGGCGGAAAAACGUGGUUCCUUCCGUUCUGUCUGUAAAUGGGGACCUAGACCUGGGCACGCUGGCUUACCUCUACGAUUCCUUCCAGUUCACAGAGAACUCCUUUUCGAGGAAGAAGAGCCUCCAGAGAAAGGUGCUUAAACUUCACCCUUGUUUAGCCCCUAUUAAGGUGGCUCUAGAUGUGGGGAAAGGCCCAACCGUGGAACUCCGACAGGUUUGCCAAGGGCUACUCAAUGAGUUACUAGAAAAUGGGAUUGCUGUGUGGCCUGGUUAUUUGGAAACUGCACAGUCCUCAUUAGAGCAACUCUAUUCAAAGUACGAUGAGAUGAGUAUCCUCUUCACGGUUCUAAUCACUGAAACCACCUUGGAAAGUGGGCUGAUCCAGCUUCGAAGCCGAGACACCACGAUGAAGGAGAUGAUGCACAUAUCCAGGCUGAGAGACUUCCUGGUCAAGUACCUGGCGUCAGCUGGGAAGGCAUAGGCCUCCGCACUCUAAUGGACAGUCUCUGUUAGUUCAUUACCUUAUGUUAAUACGGUUUUGGCCUUUUGUAUUUAUACAGUAGACACUUUUGGUUCUUUCUUCG